UAGGGGCGCAGUUCGUCCAGCAGGAUCAGAUGGGCGACGCUGUAAACACACUGCGCUCUUCACACCAGAUAGUUGGCUUCAUUCCUCUCUCCACAAGAGCUAAACGAUGGGUGAUAUUUACCAAUAUCCCGUUUUCUUCGAGUGUCACAGCCUGCUCGCGGAGCAGAUUAAGAAAAUAGAAAAGUAUUUCCGUGUUCGCCGCAAAUCAGGCGGAGGGGACUGCGGAGCGCUGACGCGUGUGGAUGAUAACGUCUACAGCCUUGCUUUCAAAUAUGAGGAAAAUCAGCAGGCAGUCCUUCAGAGAUCUGAGCAUGUUGUGGAUGGUCUGGUGAUCACUGUCCGAGGCAGCCUGGAACCUCGCACCCCCUCUCCCAUCACCACCUCCACUGCAGCUCAGCGUGCACAGGCCAUUCCUGCCUCAACUCCUCCACCAAGUGGUGAAGAAUAUGAACUACAACUUGAUUCUUACCUCCUUCGUUACCUAAAGGAAUGUCCCAAGGCUGGGAAAGAACUAGAGAAAGAACUCGCCUCUGUGGCCUGCUCUGCCCAGCUUUACCCAGAGGAGGAGAGGGUUUUAGUCAGGAGUUUAGCUCAACCUGGUGCUGUAGAUGAAGCUAGAAAUUGGAAAGUCAAGGUAGACAAAAUCUUUGAUGGCUACCUGUGCCACUAUGAGGUGUUCCCUCACAAAGUUAAAGCUUUGCUUCAGUCCUGCAGCUCUGAUCAGACCACAGAUGAGGUGAAAGUGUACAGCGAGCCUGGGGUGGCUGUUGUGGUUGGGGAAAGUGCUCAGGUGAAGGCCAGGUUGAUGGAUGUAGAGGACAGGUCAGGUUUAAGUGAGACGCAAACCAGCAUUCGUCGACUGGGCAAGGCCAAGCUCCGCCUCCUCUGGAAAGAGAUUGAGCACAGUUUGCGACGAGAUUUUCCAGGAGUGAAGGUCACGCAGGGAGAUGCAGGUCAGUUAGUUUUGGAAGGCUCUGUGGAGGACAUUCUUAAGGCUGGAGAUUGGAUCUCUGAUAAGGAGAAUUUGGUGUUAGAAAGGACAGUUUCUGAUAGGAGCCCACAUUUUUUGGCCUUUCUAAGGAAGGCAUACGGAGGUCCGGGGGUGCUAAGUGACUUUUUAGGGGUUGGUAACAAAGUGGAAAUAGAGUUACGAGACACAGAGCUACGUUUCUUCACACUCUCUGCUGAUAAACUGGAUGACACAGAGAAAAAACUGCAAGAAAAAUUCAAGGAAGUCAAGAUGGAUGUGCCUAACUGCUCUGCUGUGCCAUCUGAGCUUCGGGAAAAGCUGAAGUCCAAGACAAAUGAGAUGAACCAAGGGCAACAUAGGGCUCAGGUCGUGUUUGGCUCAGACAGCGCAGUGUGCUUACUGGGCCACACGAAAGAGGUUGAAGAGCUGAGUGAAGCUGUCAUACAGUUUAUUUUGGACCAGUCUAGCGUGCAAAGCAGGGUUGCACAGAAUUUGGCAUCUUUAAGUUUACGUGAAGUAAACACAACAGUGGCUAGCUACAGCCUUCGUGACGGGCUCCAGGUGCUGGUGUGUCAGGGUGACAUCACCAAACAGGAUGCUGAUGCCCUGGUGAACGCUGCCAAUGAAGAUCUGGACCACUGUGGAGGUGUUGCUGCUGCCCUGAGUAAAGCAGGCGGUCCUGAAGUACAGAGUGAAAGCAGUGACUUAGUAAAGUAUAUUGGGAAAGUCCAUACAGGUGAAGUGGUAGUGACCACAGGGGGGAGCUUAAACUGCAAGAAACUGCUGCAUGCUGUUGGGCCUGUUGGUGGAGAAGCAGGCGGUAGAGAAAGGAUCUUACUCAAAAAAACUGUCCAUUCUGCUCUGAAUUUAGCAGAAAUCAUGGAGUUCCAGUCUAUAGCCAUGCCCUGUAUCAGCUCAGGCGUGUUUGGUGUUCCUGUCACUGUGUGCUCUGAGGCUAUUGUAACUGCUGUUAAAGAGUUUGGCAGUCAGGGAGGGCGAAGUCUGAGCAGAAUAAUCCUGAUUGAUAACAGAGGAGAGGUGGUGAGGGCCAUGCAGGAAGCAUGUGACAGACUUCUCCAAGUGACACAAUCCGGAAACGGUGCACCAAGUGAUUUGGGAUUCCAGAUGGAUGUUGCCCAAGAUGACAUAGAAAAAGGAGCCACUGCUGGAGCUCCUGGAGAUGGUGUCAGUCUAGAGAUCAUUCAGGGAACCAUCGAGACCCAGCAGGUGGAUGCUCUGGUAUCGCCCAUGGUUGGCCAUGAUCCUCUCUCUACCUGUGUUGGAAACACUUUGUCCAAGAUGGUUGGAUCCCAGCUGACUGCAGGAUUUAGAAAGGAAGCAGGAGAAGCAACGCUGCCUGGUGACACAGUCCUGGUGGAGGGCUUGCCUGGACUUCCAUCUAAUGCAGUGUUCUUCGUCAACCUCGUUCCCUGGGAUGAUGACCAGGAUGGAAUUGCAGUCCAGGUUCUGAGACUGGGCAUCAACACAAUCCUAACUUCCUGUGAGAAUAGAGGGUUUGGAUCUGUUGCUCCUGUGCUCGGGGCUGGGAUUGCCCUGCAUUUUCCUGACAGCGUGGUAGCCAGGGUUCUACUGGAGGAAGUUCAUAAGUUUGACCUGAACCGAGACAGCAGAACACCAUUGCUGGUCCGCAUCGUCAUCCACCCCAGUGACGAAGAGUCUAGUGAGGUGUUCACAUCUGUCCAGGAAGCUUUCCAACUGAAAAGAUUAACAAAAGAUGUUCACCAACCAGACCAAGUGUCAACUCCAAAGAGGAUCGUCCUGCUGGGAAAAACUGGAUCUGGGAAAAGCAACCUAGCUAACACCAUAUUGGGAGAGAAAUUGUUUACCACAAACCAUUCUCCCAACUCUGGAACACGAAAAUGUCAAGCAGAAACCAAAUCUGUCAAUGGAAGAAGCAUCACUUUGAUCGACACUCCUGGUUUCUUUGAUGCAGAUAGAUCUGAGGAGGACAUGAAGCCUGAGAUAGUGAGCUGUAUCACAGAGUGCGCCCCUGGGCCUCAUGCUUUUCUCAUUGUGCUUAAAGUGGAGAAAUUCACAGAGCAGGAGCAGGCUGUCAUCACUAAAAUCUGCCAGUAUUUCUCUGAAGAUGCUCUAAAAUAUGCUGUAAUUGUCUUCACUCAUGGUGACCAGCUCCCGAAAGGAAUGAAAAUUGAGGAGUUUGUCAGUCAGAAUAAGAAUCUGAGUGACCUGGUGAAGAAGUGCGGAGGCCGGUGCCACGUCAUUGAUAAUAAAUACUGGAAGAACAAAGUGCAGAACAACUACAGGAGCAACCAGUUCCAGGUGGAGGACCUACUCAACACAAUAGACAAGAUGGUGAUGGAAAACAAUGGAGGCUACUAUGUCAAUAAGAUGUUACAAGCAGUGGAGAAAGAAAUACAGAGAGAGGAAGAGCACAUAAGACAGACAUCAGACAACAUGCCAGUGGAAGAGAUCAGGAAACAGGCUAAAACCAGAGUGUCUGAGAGGUUUCUGAUCCAACUGGCAGCUUGUUGAGAAUCUGAAGAAGUCAAGCACCUGUGCCGGCCCAGAAGAUGUCGCCUGUGAUUUCUGCUGUGGGAAACGAAACAAAGCCACGACGUCUUGCCUGACGUGUUUGGCAUCUUACUGUCCAGCUCACCUCGAGCCUCACUACAGUGUUCCUGUGUUGAAGAAGCACCAGCUGGUCUCGGCUACAAUCCCCCUACAGGAAAAGAUGUGUACGAAGCACAACAAGCUGAUGGAGGUCUACUGCCAGACAGACAAGAAGUGUAUCUGCUAUCUGUGCAUUAUAGAUGAGCAUAAAAGCCACUGUACAGUGUCAGCUGCAGCAGAGAGGGCUGAAGAACAGGUAGAAACAGCAGAACUAGUGAACGUGAAACUGUAGACUGUUAAAAUAAACAGGUCUACAGUCAAACACAUUGACAUGUUUGUUACUUUAGAAUUUUAGUCCAAUCUUUAUUACCAGUUGUACUCAGUAGAUCAGAUGUGAUUUGCAAUAAUAGAAAACUAAAUAACUUUAUUAAUAAAACUGUUCACAAUGAGUCAUUUGCUGUAGCACCAACUAUUUUUUUUCAGAAACAUCUAAUUGUCAUAAGAAAGUCCAGGAGAGAGAAAAGGAGCUGGAUGAGCUGGUCCAGGCGCUGAAGGAUUUCAAGAUGUGGACAUUCAGUAUUUGAUCCUGUGUCUGUAUUCCCCACUGACUAUAGAAGAAGUCUUGUCCAGGUUUUGAUAUCUGGCAAGGUGUGCUCAUAAACCCAAUUGUAUCAACAACAAAAAAUCUGAACUUGCUCAACCUUUUCCACAGAGAAUGUUAUUUUAAAAAGAAAAAUCUUUGUUUUUCUGUUUUUCAUUUUUUAGUAUUUCUAUCACUUUGUAUAAUUCUUAAGUUAUGUCAGUUCCACAUGACUGAAGAUUCAGUACUGUACAGCCAAAGUACUCACCGUCUGUAAAUGUAGAAGUUUAAACAUGCAAAACUCGGCAACAAAGCACAGCUGAAUGCAUUGCCCAAAGGUGACAUAGAGAGCCUCCUGCAGGACACAGGGCCCAGGAUCUCUGCCACAGGUACCUGAUGAUAAAAAUAAAAAAAAAUCCAGACUUCAA